AUGAGUCCCAUGGAUGUCGAGGACAUACUGAACGACGCUCUCGACCUCGUCGGUGGUGAAUCAGCCGACCUGGAAGAUGAAAAGCUGACGUACGGACCCAUCACCGUGAGCGUAGCCCCUAAAGAAGGGAAGGCCAACACGCUGCUAGCAGAUCAUAUCUUUUCUCCGUCGCUCUUACUUGCUGAACGUAUCGAACGCGGACUGCUAACUGUCAGCGGAAAGAACAUCAUAGAGCUCGGCGCAGGUACAGCAUUGCCGAGUCUCAUCGCCUCCAUUCAGACACCUCCGCCGCGCUCUGUACUCGUGACGGAUUACCCUGAUGAAACCAUCCUUGGAAGUUUACGCCAGAAUAUCGCUCGGAAUUCUCAGUAUGUUUCACGGAGCUGCCAACUCGAGUUUGCGGGCUACGAGUGGGGCCAGGACGUGACCCCAUUAUUCGAGGCGCCAGGCCGUCCCCGUGGAGGCUACGACGUCGUGAUUUUAUCUGAUCUACUGCAUUUCGACCAAUCGCACGAGGUCCUGAUACAUUCCCUCACAAAACUUCUCUCGAAGACGCGGGACGCUCGCGGAUGGAUCGGUGCGGGCGUAUACACUCGCCCUGAGCACUGUAAAUCGUUCUUACGCCGCGCCGAAAAGGUCGGUCUGCGUUGGCUCGAACAUGGCGACGGCGAAGACGGCCGCGAGACCGACACGACAUGGCGCGGGACGCUGGCAGUCCAGGGACUCGAUGCCGAACAACUCGGCGUACGGAAGGGCAUGUGCCGGUGGUGGAUUGCAGCAUGGGACGAGUCUACUUUAUCGUGA